AUGGAGAGGCGAGUGAAAGGCUUCGAGUCCUCCAGCUCCGAGGGACGCGAAGAAAGGAAGAGGGUGCGGCAGAAUCGAAAGGAGAAGCCGGUGGAGGAGGAGUCGAUGGAAGUGGUGGGAUCGAAGACCCACUUCACGGUGUUCCCGACAAAGAAGAAGCCGAGGACGGAAGUGGUUUUGGUGCCCGCGGCCAGCAGUACCCAAGCAAUGGAAGUGGACGAGGGAAAGACGGAGGAGCAGAUGAGCGUCAGGCUCACCCCGGCGGCCGAGAACCCCAGCCGAAGUUCAAAGGCGGAGGCAGUGCGAGUGCGUCGCCUGCUGAAGUAUCGUGGAGGGGCAAGCGCGGCCAGCGCCAGCAGUGGGCCGAAGACCAAGGCAAUGCCCAAGAAAAAGACGGUGAUCCGCACCAAGGCGAUGCCCAAGAACAAAACGACGGUCCGCACCAAGGCCAUGCCGAAGCCCCCGACGCACCAUACCCAGACCGUCCAGACAGAGAUCCCGCUGAGCAGAGAGGAAGUGAGGAGCCUCCCCAUACUCACGUUGAGGGACCACCUGGACCACCACCACUACGCCGUCAUGAUCGCGAACUUGAUGAAGCCCAUGGCGGUCGACCAGAAGGAGUUCCGGAUCGAGAACAGCGCCGUGAUGAUCACCAAGGAUCGGGUGACGGUGACAAGGAGAUCAACAACGGGGAAGAGCGUCACGUUUACCAGCACCGCCAGCACCUCCAACACCAGCCCCGGGAAGCAAAGGCACGACGACAGCUCCGAUGCCUCCUCAGGAGCCGGAGACACCACGUUCUUCUGCGUCUUCCUGGAGCGUGGUAACGAACAAGUGACAGAGUCGCAGCGGUCAAAGCAGAAACAUGUGCGUGCGGAACUUGGGUUGGCAGGAGUUGAGCGUGAGUUGGUUGUUGGAGUUGAGGGAGAGGGAGAGCGAGUUGAGCGUGGUUCUUUAGGUGAAGUUGAGCGUGAAGCAUUAGGAGAAGUAGGAGCUUGGUGGCUUGCUGGCGACUCCGAAGUGUUGUCUGAGCUUGACUGGAAGAAUGCACGGAAUGAACAUGUCUUGCGUUCUCAUGUUCCCUACAACUCGUCUUGUGAGGAGUGCCGUCGUGCUCGCUCGCUACAACCAGCUCGGAAGCGGGACCCAGCAGAGGCACCGAGAAGGGAAGUGCAGGCAGACAAGAUGUUUUGGUUUCGGUCUGUUGGCAUGUUUGGGUCGGAGCCUGUGGUAAUCAGUUUGCGUUCAGAUGGUGAACCAGCCUUGAUUUCUUUCUUGCAGGACUGCGCAAAGGAGCUUCCCGCGGCAUCGAUCGAGAAAGUGCCAGUGGAUCGGCACGCUCCAUCUGCAGAACGAGGCAUUAGGACCGUGAGAGAGCUUGCGAAUGUGCAGUUGGUACAGUUGGAGAAGGCAGGUUUGAGCGUGUGUGGACCAGCAAUGCCCUAUCUGUUGUCCCAUGUUGCUACAGCACACAAUAGGUAUUCGCUAGAAGACGGCAGCGGCUUGACGCCAGAACAAACAUUUAGACAGAAGGCCAUCACCCCACAUCCGAUGUAUGUGUUUGGCGCUACCGUCUUGGCUGUGCCGCCACCAUCGUUGCGGAACCGAGUGACCGGAAGAAUGGUGAAGGGAGCGUAUCUUGGACCUGAAGUCGGAUCAGGGUCGCAUUGGGUGCGCAUUCAGACCAACGACGGCCAGCUCAGAGUGAUGAGAUCGCCAAAGUUUCACAUGGUGGUCCCAAUGAGAUUUGAGAUGGUUCUAGUAAAGGGGGUGUUGAAGAUACUUCCUGGAAGGCCCCGACCACCUCAAGAAGAAGCACUACCUGUAGAUCAACUCAAGCACCUCCCACUGCCAGACACCAACCUACGUGGACCCACGCCUGAAUGGAUUGAGAAGUGUGGACCCACGCCAAAAUGCAGAGCAUGCCGAGCGAGAUUGCCAAAGGGGGUGAUCGAGAGCACCCUGCGACACACUGAAAGGUGCAGAGCUAGGUAUGCGAAGUUUGUGCGUGAACAGUUUGAUUCUGGAACAUAUGUGUUGACAGAUGAGGCCGCGCAGCAUGAUGAUGGCGCAGGCGUUGGUGACAUUGAGUUUGGUGAAGACGUUGAGCGUGAGGUUGAGCGUGAUACUGUUGAACAUGGCGACCUAGUUGAGCGUGCGUUGGCCGGUGAGGAUGUGCCAGAGUUGGAGCUGCCCGGAGAUGUGUCCGGAGGAGGUCUGUCAGAAGCAGAACCCGACUACGAACCCGGGGAAGCUGCGGAGGACACGGAAGAGAGACCUCUGGAGGACUACGUGGUGGCCGAAGAAGACUUGAUGGCUCCGCUUGAGCAUGCCCCUGAGGAUGCAAUGAUGGAAAUCGCGAGCCGAGUUGGGGAACGCGAGGCAGUGUUCGCUGCUACGUCACCUGGUGGCGAAGAAGUCGUCACUUUGGGAGGAGGACAGGUGAGAGUCUCCAAGCCGUCUGGGUCACGAGACGACGUGACGGAAGCGAUAUCCAUUUUGGGAUGGCAGCUGGAGAACGCAAAGCCGCAACCCACUCCACCCAGUCUCCGAGACCUGUUCGACAAGGCGAUUGACGAUCCCACUGAGCAAGCACCACUGAGUCCAGAAGCAGCAAGCAGAUACCGGCGAGCUCUUGGGAAGUUGGCAUGGUUGGCAACAACAAGGGCCGAUAUGCCGUACUGGGUGAGCAUGCUGUCGCGCGGACAGGCAAGCCCGUUACAGGUGCACGAAAAGGCCAUGCGUGCAACGCUGAGAUACUUGAAGACCGACGAGUUGCGGCUUUGUGCGUUUGUUGAUGCGUCUUGGGGAUCGGAGCGGUCCGUUUCGCGCCGGUCGAUAUCCGGCGGAUGCGUCAUGUUGGGCAGAGCGUGCAUAAAGAGCUGGAGCAGGCUCCAACAGGCUGUGGCCUUGUCUUCCGCCGAGAGUGAAUUGUACGCUUUGGUCGAGGGAUCGAAGGAAGCACUUGGAGUAAGAUGCGCUAUAGGACACAUCCUCGACAACCUUGUAAGUUUGAAACCCCAGAUCUUUUGUGAUUCCGAGGCUGCGGUAAACAUAAGCAAGAUGGAUGGGCUCAGGAAGCUCAGGCACAUGGAGCUCCGUUCAUGCUUUGUGCAGUCUGAAGUGCAAAUGGGAAAUAUCUUGGUGGUUUGA